GUCCCCUGAGCAUAGGGUCUCUCCACGUGGAUGAUGUGCGGCAGCUGUUGCGCGCGGGCGAGGACGCCUCACUGACGACUAUUUUGUUUGACCCGUUCAUUCUGCAUGCUUGGAACUCUAACCAGCAUGUUUCUGCGACAGGAGUGUGCAUUUUCCUGUGCCAUGUCAUUGGGCCCUUGACUUUUGCCGUCACACAUGGGCAGCUUAGGGACAAGCCAGCCUUUCUUACAAGGUUGGCCAGCUGGGGUUUACAGUCACUCUCUUCGAAAAACCCUGAAGGAGAGCACUCGCACAGUUUUUUGUGGGCGCAAGGGAUCGCCUCUACACUUGUCGUCCUGCACACUAGUCAUCUGUUACCUGCGACAGUAUGCCCUGAAUGGACCUCCUCACAACAUGGCCCAAGUAAAGCAGUACAUAACCAAAGACACUUGGAAAAUAUGAAGGUUGAUCGGGCUUAUGAACGAUUUAAGCAUAAAGCUUGGAAAUUGCUGGCCAAAGCUAAGACACUGAUGGAUCACUUGAAAAUUCCUUUUUGGCUCAGCAGUGGCACUUGCCUUGGAUUUUAUCGGCAGUGUGACAUCAUACCUUGGGCGAUGGAUGUUGACAUUGGUGUGUUCAUCGAGGACUAUAACCCAAGACUCAUUGAAGAAUUUCAGAAGAGAGGAUUGAGAUUAACACACAAGUUUGGCAAAGUGUCUGACAGCUUUGAACUCUCUUUCAAAGAGGAAGACAUUAAGUUGGACAUAUUUUUCUUCUAUACUGAAGGAGCACUAUGUGGAAUGGAGGAACACAGGCCAAAACAGGGAAGAAAAUUCAAAUAUGUCUUCCCAGCUUUUACUUUAUGCUGGACAGAAUUCUUAGAUCUAAAAGUGCGCAUUCCAUGCCAGACGGAAGAAUACAUACGAGCAAAUUAUGGGCCAUCUUGGUUUACUCCCAUCAAGCAUUGGGACUGGAAGAGCAGUCCGCCCAAUGUCAGAGAAAACGGGAUGUGGCCCGAAUCCAUGUGGUCAGAGGUUAUUGUGGUUAAUGAAGGUUGA